UUGGUGUAAUAAAGAGAAAGUAGACAAACUUCGUAAGUUACUACAAUGUUCGGGAUGGAAAAAUUUAAACGAUAUCAACUUUAUACAAUACUACGGUAAAAAACAUUAUAUUCACAAUUUGCUUGAAACAAAAACAAAUGGCAAUAAUUGUGAACAAAAAACACGAGGUUUGUCUAUAUUUCUUGGAUGCACAUAUAUAAAAGUUAUAAAAAAUCUUUUUACAUCAGUUAUUAGCAACAUAUUACAAAAUUGUCAAGAAAACGACAAUCUUAAUGGAAUAAUUUGGACAGAAGAACUCAUAAACAUAAUCUCCAUUUUAAUUGUUCCAAUGGCAACAUUGAUGAAAGGAGCAAUUGAAGCUUUGGAUAACAUACAUAACUAUCCAUUGACUAUUCUAAAUAAAUUCUUUAUGAUAAGUCCUUUAUUAGAAAAAAUAGAAAAUAUUCUUGACGAAUUAAAAGAACAAAAUAUAUCACGUGAUGAUUUAACGACUUACUAUAGCAUAUUACAAAUGGUAAGAUUAUGUUCUAAAAACAUAAUAAUAGUUUUACAAGUACAAAUUAAAUCCUAUUGUGAGUUUGUACCUUGUGAUACAAAUGAUUUAUGGGAUGAAUGGUCUCAAGAAUAUGAAGCCUUUAUUGACCAAGAUGAAAAAUUAUUAUUUAUUAAAUUCCUAACCAAAAAAAUUAAAAAUUAUAUAAAAACAGUAAUUACAGAAAAUUAUUUUCAACUCGGAUUUAAAUUUGAUCCAAUUACUGAAGAAACAUUUAUACCAACACCAACAGAACCAAUAGAUCCAGAAUUGGAAUUUAAAGAAACAUUUGAAUACUUAUAAUUACAAUACAAAUAAGCACUCAAUAAAUGUUAAAUAAAUAUUUUUCUCAAUUUAGGGUUUUAUUUAUUAUAAAAAAAAUAUUUUAUUAUUUAUACAUAAAAUCAAUAAUUACACACUUAAGAUAUUG